UUAAAACUCAUUUGCCAAUGAUCAUAACCUGACUUCCUCUUUUUCUCUCUCUUACUAUAAAUAUCCCGACUAAAGCUAGCAUGCUGCCCGCACUUCCUCCCGAGGUCAUUGAACGUAUCUUAUCCUUUGUAGGACAGGCUUCACUCCGCACCAAUAUCCCACUGGUGUCACAUCAAUGGUAUCGAAUGGCUCGGGUACUCCUGAAGAGAACAGUCCACUUUUCAGCCAUCCAUCUGAAGGAAGGUGUAAAUGAACAGGUAAUGGCAAAGAAGCUUGGACUAGCCUAUACUCUGGCUUGCCAACGAGGAAGUUAUCCUAAAUUCUACACAGCACGACUGCCUCUUGGCCAAGAAGAAGCGAGCUGGUCUAUUCUCCGGAAUGCCCUUGCGUCUUUAGCCUCUUCCUCUGCUACUUCAUUUUACUCCUUUGGUCUCAAGAUCCGACAGUUUUUUUUCAGUGCUGACCUUAAUACCGAUGUUUGGUCUCAAUUGCUCCCACUUCUGCGUAUCCUUGGUCCUGGCCUGACUUGCUUACAUUUGGACAGUGUUCCUUAUUCUGCGAAAAUUUCUAUGGCUGAGACUAGGCGCCUAUGCCCGAAUCUUGAAGAACUAUCUGUUGCAACUGUCGCAGCAAGUUAUGCGCCUUGGAGAGUAGACAGCAUAGCUAAGCUAGAGGAAGAGCAGGAUCUCGAUAUUAAGCAAGACGAUUCUACUGACCAUUUGGCCGAUGUUCGCGCUCACAUCAAGCAAAAGCGGCCUUGGCCAUUGCGAUCUGCUACGUUUGAAAAGCUAGGCUUGACAGAGACUGCCCUAGAGUCAUUCCUUCGAUCUUGCCCCGAGUUGACAGAGCUCCGAAUUGUCAAUGCUCAGCCAGUCUCGGAGAGGGGAUCCAAUGACGGCCCUAUGAAGAAUUUUCUCCUCACAAAGGAAAGGAGAACAGCGUUUUUUGGCCGCCUGUCGUCCUAUUGUCCAAAGUUGGAUAGCCUUCAUGUUUCUGUGUGCGAGCCCUCGAGCAUUCAUGAAGAGGCUGCGCCUAUUGCGCAGUUCCCGUUGGUGGAGCAUUGGGGGGUUUCUACCGCCAGUAUGGUCAGGCAUCCCUUGUCAUCAGCAUGCGUCCUCUUGGAUGCGCAUCGAAUGGUAAAUCGACUGACGACAGUUGAAAUUAUAGGCCCUUGCAGAGGAAGCACCGCGGCGGACGAACGACGCAUUGGGGUCUGGGUCCAUCAACUCUUGUGUGAAAGCCCAUUAUUGGAGCAUUUCAAAGCCUUAGAGGUAAAUCUCCCUCUGGACCUUCUCUACGUGACCAAAGCGCUUUUUGGUCAGCCAUGUGUUUCACAGUCCUUCCUCUCACCCUUGGUACCCUUAAAUCAGCGGGUCUGGGCCUGUCGAAAGUUAAAGACACUGCACAUCCGGAUUGAUGAACAGCAUCGAGUAGGCAUGACGGAUUUCGCGGAACAAUUGCGUGUGGUUCUCGGAUAUAUCAGUCGGGUGUGUCCUGAUCUUGAAAAGCUGGCUAUUAAUAGGACCAAUGUAUUUAUCCGUGGGCCUGUCAGUUUGUGUUUAUUGUCACGUUUGAAGCGUCUGAGGACCCUGCAACUGUACUUGAGAGGAUAUCCUUUGCCCUUGAAAGAGAAUAGCAUUGACUGGAUGAAACGGCAGUAUUAUUAUGAUACACAGGAGCAGAUGAAGCAGCAAUGGGAAAAAGUGCAUAAGAGGCAAUUUAGUGCGGUUAAAGGGCUGCUGCGACUUUGGAAGGCUGUUCGGACUAUAAAUGAUUUAUACUGCAAAGAUGAUAGUGUCAGUCUAUCAGAGCAGAGCCUUGGAGUAUCAUUUCCUUUAGUUCGUUCAAGGUUCGACGGCAGUAUUUUUAACAAGAAUAAGGAGAUAAAGCUUCCUGACAUUGCGACUGAUCAAAAACAUGGACAACGGACAUACGAGAAGAAAAAUGAGAAAGAGCUGUCCGAGCAUGGAAGAGAAAUAAUUGAUGGCGUUGACAUGACCCAUCUUGGUCAAGUGCAAGAUUUGAUCAAUUAUUUCCAAGGACGACGUGCUCACCGGGAAGAGUGUUUAUGGCCAGAGAUGGAAACGAUUGAUAUGCGGUUUCAAACGAAUGAAAAUAGACAUGCGCAGAAACACUAUGCUUUGAAAGAGAUUCAGAGAGUUAUUAACAAAAUCCGGCCCGAAAUUGAGAUUAUCAUGCCACCGUUACAAGAAAAGGCAUGGAGAUAGAGGUAUCCCUUCAUAUUUAUUAUAAAUAGUAGUUGUCCAAUCGCGUUUUCAUUUCGACGCGAUAUCAGGGGGGUAUCCCUAUACACUUCUAACAUUCACAUGCACAAAAGAUAAAAAAAAGAAAU